AGAUGACAAAGCUUCCGGUUUAUUCAAAUUUCAGAGUAACUACUAAAACGAGGCAUUAGACGACAAAGCUACCGGUUUAUUGACAUUCUUUGUUUAGGCUCGCCGAGACUACCAGUGGAUCAUUUCACAAGAGGCUAAUUAAGCCGCUAAGCGUUAGUCAUGGCAGAAAGCAAUCCACCUACACACAUCCAUGGUUUGUACUGAAUGCGAGAACGGAUGGGUAGCCAGUGCAGAAAACGAAGGAGAGGAUUACAGAAACAAUACCCCGCUUAUCUUUACCAGACAAGCCAUACUUGCCAGUAAUGUUAACAUUCAAGAAGAAGUAGGUUUAUCAUCCCUACAUCGAACCAACAGCUCUAUGUUUGUCAGCUGUUUGGUUGUGACUGGAUCCUGUGGUGAAAUUCCUCAGGCAAAAUUCCUGCAGUGUGCACCGUCAACGUCUGGGGUGCGUGCGACAUCAAUCACCGCUCGUCAGCCUGCCCAAGUAUGUCAAGGUCCCUAUGCUGAUUCUUGCCUUGGUCGUCAAAAGAUAAGUCGGCAAGCUGGCUUCCCUAAGGCUUUCACCAGAAUGCGUCAUCAGCUCUUCUAGAGCGGAAUCUUCCCGACCACGCCCUUGUUGUGGUACUGUUGCGGUUUCUGUAACAGCAAAACCCCCAACCUGGAGAGCCAGAAUGCAACA